AUGGCAUCGAGUCGUCCAAAACGAUGCUCUACCAAUACCAACGGACAACUACAAGCGGGUCUCUUGUCCUUCUUUUCGAAACCUCCGUCAUUGCCACCGCCUCCUCCACCCUCAGCUGCCAGUGCCAUCAACGCCCAAAUGAAAGAGUUGGCCAAACACUCCACCAUUGCAGGUCACGUCCGAAACAUUAUUGCCAAGUUUCGAAUAUCUCCGGAACGGGCCAAGCUCAUUUUGUCUGCCAUGGGUACUGCCAUUCAUUGGGAAGAACUCUUCUUUUUCUACUUUAUGGGGUGGCUUUUUGUCCCACUGGUGCUGGAGGUUCCCAACAAUUUCAUUCGAUCCAGGUACUUUCCAAAUGCUCGACCCUUUAAACGAUCCUACACUCGAUUGUUUGGAGAUUUUUUGGCGCAGGCAUCCCGGAUUGGAUUUGUAGUAUAUAUUGUGGACAUUUUGAAAAUUGUGCUGCAAGCAUUGGGCUUUAAAUUUGCACAAUUGCAAAAGUCGCCACACAUUGUAGCCAGAUCAUUGAUUACGUUGUGGGUUGCCAACCGCAUCUCCGCAUUGAAACGAUACAUCCUGGCGAUGCAGACACGCAAUGACCCAGGUGACUUGAUGGGAUCUGCAGAGCUCGUCGAUCGACUUAUCGAUGCCAUUGUCUAUGGAAUAUGCUCCUUUGUGCUAAUUGACAAUCUACAGGCUGAUUUUGGUGCGGCUGCCAAAGGCUUUGCAGCACUGGGCGGAGUUGGUACCAUUGUCUUGAGUUUGGCGUCUCAAGGUCUUGUCAGCCAAGUCUUUUAUGGCCUCUUCUUGGCCAGUUCCAACAAGAUUCGUAAGGGAGAUGUCAUCAGGUUUGGAGAUGGAAAGAUUGCGGGCUUGAUUGCUCACAUGGGAUGGACCGACACGCUGGUCAGAAGCAGUGACGGUGUUAUGGUUUCGGUGCCCAACAAGGUGCUAGCCGAUCAAUCCAUCAGCAACCUCUCCCGGAUACAAAUCUCAUGUGUGAAGCAAGAACUACGGUUCAAAUACGGUGAUGGCGACAAAAUACCCAAAGUAAUGGACGAUAUCAAAGACGAGAUACGCAAAGCCUGCCCUCAGUUGAUUGAGGACGGCUCCAGGCCGUUUCGUGCAUUCUGGACUUCAUAUGGAACAACUGGACUGGAAGCCACCGUGGAAGCUCAUUUCAGAGUCAAACUACUGGGUGAUCCAUUCUGGGAGAAUCGUCAAAACAUGCUCAUUGCCAUCAAUCGAGCCGUCAAGAAAAACCGAGUGGAGUUGGUCCACUUGCUAGAUGAAGAAUUCUUCCAGGCCUUUCAAACUAAGACGAAAUAG